AUUUUAGAUGCGGGCUUUUAUCCGGUUAUGUGAUCAUAAAUUUGUGAAUGUCAAGAUAAAAAAAUUCAGAGAAGAGAACCCAGAUUGGAAUGAUAAACUGCACAAAAUAAUUUACACCCUGGGGAAGCAAACCCAGGCAAAGAAGAUGAAGUUGGAUAAAAACAAGAUGGGCGCCGGGAAGAAAAAGCCCCCAAAAAAAGAUGACAAGGAUGAAGAAACCAUGAAGGACGAGGAAAAUACAGUCAGUGACGAUGAUGACGAAGAAAACGAACCGCAAGAAGAAAAGGGCGUUAAAAAGGUCAAAAGAAAGAAAACAGAGGAACAUACCGAGGUUUCUGACAGUGAAGAAAUGGAGGAAGCAGAAGAUGACGAUCAAGCUGAAAACAAGGACAACGUUGAACACGAAAACGAAUAUGAAGAAGAGAGUGUCGAAGAUGAAGACGAGGGUGUCGAAGAAGACGAAGAAACAAACGUUGAGCAAAACUCCGAUGAUGACCUUGAAUACCUUGAAGCAAUGGAAGCUAACUUGAAAAAGGAUGACUCUGAAUCUGAAAAUAACUCAGAUGAAGAGUUGUUCAUCAGCUCCCUAAAGUCUUCGUUGCUUUCAGUAAAUCCUUCCGAAUCUUCCAAUAAAACAAAACAACAAGAAUUGGCGGGAAAAUUAGAAUCUGCUUCUAGAGAUAAGUUUAAAAACGUUGAAAAAAAGAAAGGAAGCUGUCUUGUUAAAGUUUUAAAUUUAAAAGAACCUUUUGAGGAUGGUUCCGAAGAAGAAGCAGAAUCAGAAUCAGAUGAGGAAGAUGAGGAUGAAGAUGGGUCCGGAGAAGAGGUGGAAGAAGAGGAUGAAGGAAGUGAGGAAGAUGAAGACAAAGUUGAAGAUAAAGAUAAAAAGAAGAUUCCAAAGAGAUCUUCCUUCUUCCUGGGCGGGGAAAGUGAUGAAGAGAACGACGCUGAAGAAGAUGAAGAUGAUGAGACACAUAUUCGAAGGGAACACGAGGAGAACACAUUUAUUGAUCCUCGAGAGCGGGCAAAUGAACGCGGUGUAGGACGGGGAGGCUCUAUAGGCCGGGGAAGCUGGAAUGGAGGACAAGGUCGAGGUUUCAAUGAGCGAGGUCGAGGUGGGGUUGAGAGAGGACGUGGGAGAGGAGGAAGGGGAAACUUUGAAAAAAGAGGUGGUGGAGGAUAUGAAAGAGGACGCGGUGGAUCUGAUAGAGGACGCGGUAGAUUUGAAAGAGGACUUGGUAGAUCAGACAGAGGACGGGGAAGAUUUGAAAGAGGGCGUGGUGGAUCAGACAGAGGACGCGGUGGAUUUGAACGUGGAGGACGUGGAGGAUUUGAGAGAGGCGGCCGAAGAGAACAAAGUAAGACAGAAAAUCCGCGAAAACGUAAUGUUGAGGAAAGUGAAAAUCUACAUCCGUCUUGGGCGGCUAAAAAGAAAUCAAAACAAGACAUUGUCCAGUUCGAGGACAAACGAACCGUUUUUGGGGAAUCAGAGACUCCAAAAACUUUUAAAACAGAUUCUUCCAAAAGCUUUAAAAACGCAGAGUCUUCUAACAAGGAUAUGCACCCGUCUUGGGCCGCGAAAAAGAACCAAAAACCUUCAAUUUUACCCUUUCAGGGAAAGAAAACUGUUUUUGGAGACUAAAAGUUAAAUUUUUAAUAUGUUUUCAGAA